AUGAAUGACGAAGAGUUUUUCGACCUUUCAGCCUUGCCAGAUGAUAUUUCUUUAUUGAAAGGAGCAGAUUUUUUUAGUUUAGUCGAAAACUUACUUGGUGAACUUUACAAAAAUAUUCUGAAAGUACAAAACAUCGACUCCGUUUUUUUAUUCCUUAACAUAAAUAAUAUUUUUGAAAUAUUCGAUUACGAUCCACCAGACUUAAUAGAUUUAAAAUCCAAAUGUUAUUUACAAAAUCCAAAUGGUGAUACGUUAUUGAAACCAGGUAUUCAGAGAGGAUUUGAAUGUUUAACAAAAUUGUUUAGAAAGAAAUUUGAACAUGUACAAACACAAGAUACAACAAAUUCUGAUAUAUCACCGCAUUCACUGACCGAUAUAAUUGAAUCACAUCCUAUCCUUCAAUCGCUCGUUCGUUUCUAUCAAUCUCAGAAUGGUGAUCAGGCAGAAACACAAUUUUUGUCAUCAUUAAUCAACAACGUUACAAAUAAUUUGUCAAAUUAUUCGUCAAAAAGUCGAUAUCGAUACAACGAUUUUAUUAAGAAUUUUAGUUUAUGUUUAUACGUAUUAGAUGGUAAGCCCGCAUAUGAAUUUGUACGUCAAAAUCUGCCGAGUGCUAUUCCUACAUUAACGACUAUGCAAACAAUGAUAACUUCGAAUGAAAAUAGUAUUGUAGAAGGAAAUUUUAGAUUUCAACAAUUACAAAAGUUCUUACAACCGUAUCAUCAAAAAUUUGUUUUUGCAGUCGGGGACUACACGGGUGUUGUCCGUAAAUUGAACUAUUGUGCAAAAACCAAUAGUUUUAUUGAUUUUGCAAGUCCUUUAUUAAAUGGUACACCGAUUCCUUCAUAUUUUCAGACAGAUGAUUUUGAUCAAUUACAAACAUGGUUUACAUUAACAGAAAAAGCUAAUUUAUUAAAUAUUCAUAGGGUGCAACCGGUUCCUUAA